AUGCUAAUCAUGGGACCUCUCACGCAACAGCAACCACAACCGCAACCAUGGCCUGGAAUAUGGGAUAAUAACAAUAUGGGCUUGAACAAUCAACCACAGCCUCGCCAGUUUAACUGGGCUCAGCAGACCGCAAAACAAGAUUGGAGAAAUUUCUGGCAAUGGCCCAGUUCCAACAACAACAACAAUCAAAAUACUGCCCAAUGGCCGAGAAAUUAUUACUGGCCAAGCCAUCACCAAACAGCACAGCAGUACCAGCAACCCAUACCUGUGGUACAACAGCAGCAACCCCCCGUUUCGUCCUGGCCAGCACCAAUCCAGUGGCAAAACGGCGUGCAGGCUGGCAGCAUCUGGCAAAAUAGCCAGUGGCAAGCAGGCAACCAGUGGUCAGAUGGGUGGCAGCAGCAGCAGCAGCAGCAGACCCAGUAUCCACAAAUAUGGCAAGGAAGCCAGCAUCAAAAUCAGCAGGAAUGGAGCGGCCAAAGGGUAACCGAUUCCGAGCACUCACCAAGAGCAACAGGCCAUGCAAUCUCGUUCCUGAAUAAGUUAAGGGAAAUGAUUGGGAUGGUUUUGGUCGACAGGCUCGCCAAUCUAUUCCAGCGGCAGGUUUGA